AUGGUACAUCUUCUCUUAAUAGUGCACAACAACAGCUCAGACCCAGCAAUGGUACAUCUCCUCUUAAUAGUGCACAACAACAGCUCAGACCCAGCAAUGGUACAUCUCCUCUUAGUAGUGCACAACAACAGCUCAGACCCAGCAAUGGUACAUCUCCUCUUAGUAGUGCACAACAACAGCUCAGACCCAGCAAUGGUACAUCUCCUCUUAAUAGUGCACAACAACAGCUCAGACCCAGCAAUGGUUAUACUCCUCUUAGUAGUGCACAACAGUUAA